CACACCUAAUCCGGUUGUCAUCAAGAAAGGUGGAGACAAUAAAUUAUAUAUAGAUGUUUCAUGGGAAGUACUUGCAAUAGGAGAGAAAGACAAAGUCAUUACCAAAUUUACGUGUUUCAGUGCUGCUGUAACCGUCAAAGACUCUCCUCAG